AUGGAGCUACUGAUGGAAAAUCAAAGCCAGCCUUUCAACAACAGCAACACUGUGAGGCUGCCAAAUAAACCUGUCCUGGGGAUGGGACUCGAUAACUUUAUUUCUCUUCUCAUAUUCGGACUUAUUUUCAUCCUCGGGGUGCUUGGGAACACCAUGGUGAUCACGGUGCUGGCGCGAAGCAAGCCGGAACAACCGAGGAGCACCACCAACAUCUUCAUCCUCAACCUGAGCGUGGCGGACCUGUUCUACCUCCUCUUCUGCGUGCCCUUCCAGUCCACCAUCUACAUGCUGCCAACCUGGGUGCUUGGAGCGUUCAUCUGCAAGUUCAUCCACUACUUCUUCACCGUGUCCAUGCUGGUCAGUAUCUUCACGCUGUCGGCGAUGUCUGUGGACCGCUACGUGGCCAUCGUGCACGCCAGGAAGUCCUCUUCGAUCCGGGUGGGGAGGCACGCGAUCCUGGGAGUGGUAAUCAUCUGGAUCCUGUCUCUGGGCAUGGCGGCUCCCGUUGCGCACUACCAGAACAUCGUGGAGCGCGAGGACAACGGCACCUUCUGCUGGGAGGUUUGGCCGGCCCACCAGAGAAAGGGCUACGUGAUGUCCACUUUUGUUUUCGGGUACCUGCUGCCUCUCACGCUGAUAUCUGUGUGCUAUGCAAAGGUUUUAAAACAUCUGCACAAAAAGCUGAAGAAUGUGUCUAAAAAGUCAGAGCUCUCCAAAAAGAAGACUGCGCAGACGGUCCUGGUGGUGGUGGUGGUCUUCUGCCUUUCUUGGCUGCCUCACCACAUCGUCCACCUGUGGGUGGAGUUCGGCUCCUUCCCCCUGAACCAGGCCUCCUUCGUGUUCAGGAUGGUGGCUCACUGCUUGGCCUACAGCAACUCCUCCGUCAACCCAAUAAUCUACGCCUUCCUGUCGGAGAACUUCAGGAACUCCUACAAGCAGGUCUUCUGGUGCCGCGUGCCCAGCAGGUACCCCAAGAGCGGCCCCCGGGAACUCCGCAGCAGGAUGGAGACGGCCCCCUCCACAAACAUCAGCGCAACUUACAAAGCUCAUGACUCUCAGACCAGCAAAAUGAUCUGAUAGUGUUGAGAGCAUCUUCAGUGUUCUAUAGAUAGUGUAUUAUUGAGGGAAAUACGUAUAUGAGAUUUUUUUUUAAAUGUCCUGAUAUAAAUAUAUACAUUUAUUUUUGAGCAUUCUGUAGACAACUUAGAUUGGGCCACAAAUCCCAAUAUUUUGUAAAGUAAAAUAUAUGUGUUAUGAAUAAGGAGCUCCUGGUGUCAGGCCCUUCUCCUGCUGAGCUAUGAGAGAAAGAACUAUGUAAAAUAUGUGGUCUGUAAAAAUGAUGAUGGAUAAAAGCCAACAUUUAUGUGGACACGUCCAAAUCCUCUGUCCAGAAACACUCUUUUUACAGCCUUAUGUGCAGGUGUUGUCAUGUACCUCUGCAAUAUAUAACAACUAGGUGUAUUUCCCAAUAUAUUA